GCGGCGCUGGCUCCGGAGUGGCCGUCGCCGGCGGUCGAGUUCGCGCAAGUCCCCCGUUUGGGCUCCACUCUCGUGCCGGAGCGGCGUGAGCCGCCAGUUGGUGCACGCAUGGCGUUCAACGCGACCGGUUUCCGGGUUGCCCCCGCGCACGCGGCGCCCCGCUUCCAGCACUCGGACGUGCUCCGGAACGUCAAUUUGGGAGGACCCAAGCAGGCGUCGUCGCUGCCCACCUUACCGCGGCCCAGGCCCUACGCCGGACAGGAACUCGACCUGUGCGCGCACAACACGACCAUAUGCGGCCUGGAAGCCGGCUGCCACAACGUGAACGGCACCUUCAUCUGCCUUUGCAGCGACCUAGAACCCAAGCGGCCCCGCGAGCCUUGUCGGAAGACGCCAGGAGUCGAGGAAAGCAAUGGAUUCUCUCAAAACAGCGACCCGGCUCCACCCGGCUCCUUCACUCACCAUCAGAUUUUGGACAUGAACAGAAAUUUCACCCUCACGACCAAGAACCCAAGCACGAGGGAGGAACUGUCCCGGCCCGCCCCGGUGGCUGCGCCGCUGCUGGGAGGUCUCCUGGCGCUGCUGGGCUCCCUCCUGGUCGUCGGACUGCUGCUCGUGAUGGCGCUCCGCCGACGCCGUCAGUGGUGUGGCCGGGGCCCGGGCUCGGCGCCCGGCUCGCUGAACAAGUGCAUGCAGCAGUACGUGACCAACCCGACCUACUACGCGUCCGCGCCCGAGACUCCGCUGCGCAAGGUGCUACACGACGUGGAGAUUUGCGCCGACAACAUCUGCUUCGUCGAGGAGAUCGGCGAAGGGUGCUUCGGCAAAGUGCACAAGGCCGUCUACACUUUGCCAAACGGAGAAAAGGAGAACGUGGCCGUCAAGGUCCUGAAGGAGUCGGUGGCCAGCGAAGCGCAGGCUGACUUCGAGAGGGAGGUACAAAUCAUGUCCAGUUUCCAGCACGACAACAUCAUCAAACUGCUGGGCGUCGUGUUCCAAGAAGUACUCGCCAUUAAGCAGCUCCUAUCUUUCACCAGCGCGGCUGACCUGUCCUGGAUAGCGACCCAGAUCGCCAACGGCAUGUGCUACCUGUCGUCGCAGCACUUCGUGCACAGAGACCUGGCGACGAGGAACUGCCUCGUAGGCCACAACCUCUGUGUCAAAAUCUCGGACUUUGGAAUGUCCAGGGAUAUCUACACAUGUGAUUACUACAAGAUUCGAGGGUCCCGGAUGCUCCCGGUGCGAUGGAUGGCUCCCGAGAGCAUCAUGUACGGCAAGUUCACCCUGGAGUCAGACGUCUGGUCCUACGGCGUCGUCUUGUGGGAGAUCUUUACCUACGGAAAGCAGCCCUACUACGGCCAUUCAAACGAAGAGGUGGUGAAACUCAUUCUGCAGGGCAUCCUGCUCAGUCCACCGGAGGAGUGCCCUCCGUACGUCUACAACAUCAUGGCGGGGUGCUGGAAAACAGAGCCACGGGACAGACUCAGCUUCGACGAGAUCUACAAACGCCUGCUGGAGAACUUCCCCACUGCUCGGCGCGAUUCCGAGGGCCAGCGGGAAGGCCUGGACAGCGAAGACUACCUUGUACCUCGGACCGUGACUCCAACCCCUCAGAACGAGCCCUUGUGAGGCGGACGUCGCCGACCUCGGGAGUCGCGACGCGUAAAAGCACUCGGUGUGUCUGGGGGCAG